CGCAAGACAGGAGGAGCCAAAGGAGCAGACACUAAUGCAAAAGCAAGUGUGGCCCCUUUCUUAAGCAGGGAAAGAUAGUGUAUUGCUUCUCAAAGGUCCUAUCUGGGCCUACCCAUUCUCUUUUACUGCACUAAUUUGUCAGCUAGAGCCACCUCGAAGCCAUUUCUGCUUCAUUGCAAUUGGCUACACAUGGAGAUAGAACAGGUAGGCUACAUAUAAUGUAGAUAAGACAGUCUGAUCUGGAAACCCAUGUGUGUGUGUAGGAAGUUGGGGCGGGGCAGAGAGCAGGGAAGACUGGUGGAAAGAUUAGGAAAGCCUAAAAGUCCCCAGCAGGUAAAUACACUCGGUGAUAAGUGAUUACAGCAAGUACCUAUAGUUAACUCUGCUUAAAAGGUUCUAGCCUUCUGUCAGGGCUUCUUGCCACAACACAACAGCACCAUGGCCAUGGGCUUGUUUUCCAGGCUGGAUCUUCAGGAAGGCCUCCAAACCCUCUCUGUUUUGCAAUGGAUCCCAUCCUAUGUAUUGUUAGGAGCUAUUCCCAUUCUCUUUAUGCCUUACUUUCUGGUGUUCACUAAGUUCUGGACCUUGGCCAUGUUCUUGUUAGCCUGGCUCGUCUAUGAUUGGAACACUCACAGUCAAGGUGGUAGGCGUUCAGCUUGGGUACGAAACUGGACUCUCUGGAAGUGUUUCCGAGAUUACUUCCCAAUAAAGCUGGAGAAAACUCAUGACCUCUCUCCCAAACACAACUACAUUAUUGCCAACCACCCCCAUGGAAUUCUCUCUUAUGGUGCCUUCAUCAACUUUGCCACUGAGGCCAAUGGAUUUUCUAGGAUAUUCCCAGCCAUCAUCCCUUCUCUAGGGACCUUGGAGGGGGUCUUCUGGAUCCCAAUUGUGAGAGAAUACGUAAUGUCAAUGGGUGUGAGUCCAGUGAGUGAGUUGGCCUUGAACUACUUGCUGACCCAGAAUGGCUCAGGCAAUGCCGUGAUUAUUGUGGUGGGUGGAGCUACUGAAGCCCUCUUGUGCCGACCAGGAGCCUCCACCAUCUACCUCAAACAGCGCAAAGGCUUUGUGAAGCUGGCACUGAAGACUGGGGCACACCUUGUCCCUUCUUAUUCCUUUGGAGAGAAUGACGUUCACAACCAGGAGACUUUCCCUGAGGGCACAUGGAUAAGAUUCUUCCAAAAAAGAUUCCAAGACAUAUUCAAAAAAAUCCUGGGUCUAAAUUUCUGUACCUUCCAUGGCCGGGGCCUUACUCGUGGAUCCUGGGGCUUCCUGCCUUUCAAUCGGCCCAUUACCACUGUUGUUGGGGAGCCCAUGCCAAUUCCCAAGGUUCAGAAUCCCAACAAGGAGACAGUGGACAAGUACCACGCUCUCUACAUCAGUGCCCUGCGUAAGCUGUUUGACCAGCACAAAGUUCAAUAUGGCUUCCCUGAGAUGCAAGCGCUGACAAUUAUAUAA